CGUCACACAGCCACCCUGAAGCCUACUGUUAAUACAAGUAGCGCAACAGCGGGGGUGAACUGGCAACAGCGACCUAACUUCUAACCCUUGGUGUACCGAUUGAAAAAAACAACACAGGAAUCCAGCAUCCAGUGGAUACAGAAAACAGUACCGUAAAAUGUUUUAAGGAUUUGGGUAUUCAUGAAGUGCUGAAGACUCUCUAAUAUCUAAAAAAAAAUUGCUCGAGUUGUUUUUUUUUAUUUCAUUUUCCAAAUUUUGGAUUCAGCUGCUGCAUGGAUACUGCAAGUACAGAUCCCUUUGUUACUCGGCGUAGGUUGGUCUGAGCGUUGAGGAUGUGUGCCUGUUGGUGAUUCAUCCUGACUUGCACAGGGAAAAAAAAGAAGAUUGAUAAUGACAUUUCUGAAGAAAAUGUCUUUAAAAAAUGUAUGACUGAAAAAGAAAAAAAAAACAUCCGUUGCCUUCCGUGGGGCUACAUAUAUCAUUGCAGAAAGCCAGCAGCGCAGUCGCCAUGGAUCCCAGUGAAAACACUGAGAUGAUGGAGUACCAGGAGGCCUCCACAGAAGGAAACAAGAUGAGCAGGAAUGAUGCUGAAGAAGACAAGUCUCUGUACUACGCCUGCAACAUCUGUGGCAAGAGUUUCCCUUUCCAGAGCUCGCUGUCGCAGCAUAUGAGGAAGCACACAGGCGACAAGCCUUACAAGUGCCCUUACUGCGACCACAGGGCGUCGCAGAAAGGAAACCUCAAAAUCCACAUCCGCACGCACAAAAUGGGCACCCUGAGCCACGGCCACGAUGAGGAGGAGGUUGGAGAGGGUCAGCUGGCUGAGGCCGGCGUCUCCGAAGGCCUGGACGGCUGCACGAGUCCCACCAAGAGCACCUCGGCCUGCAACCGCAUCAUGAACGGCGCUGCCAAGGAUGAGGAUGGCAAGAUCCUGCUGAGGAGCGUGAAGAAGGAGAAGCUGGCGGGCAGCGCCGGCGAAGGGGGAAAGGGCUCCUCCUUCCAGUGCUCCUUCUGCAAGAGGAGGCUCAGCAACAAGGAAGAGCUGGAGCAGCACGUCCAGGUCUUUCACAAGCCCUAUCGGUGCCGACUGUGCAGCUUCAAGGCUCUGAGGGAGGACCAGCUUCUGAGCCACAUUGAGAAGGUCCACAUCACUGUGGAGGCACCUGUCAGGGAGGCCGUCGAGAGCGAAGCCGUGAAAGGGGAGCAAGGUGCCGGUGAAGGGGACUUCCCCUGUGAGGUGUGCAGCCAGGUCUUCAGCCAGGCAUGGUUUCUGAAAGCCCACAUGAAGAAGCACGUCGGCACCUUUGACCACGGCUGCCACAUCUGCGGCCGCCGGUUCAAGGAGUCCUGGUUCCUCAAGAACCACAUGAAGUCCCACGGCCCAAAGACGAGCAGCAAAAGCAAACUGAAGAGCGACCUGGAGCCUGUUACUACCAUUAAUGAUGUAGUUCAAGAUGAGAUGGCAAUGGUGAGUGGGCUGUUUCUCUACGAGCUGUGCCCGAAGUGUGGAAACAUAUUUCAUGACCGGGAGAGCCUGAGAAAGCAUGAAAAGGUCCACAGCCACAACAGUGAGACCAUCCAGCCGGGUAAGAAAAAACCCAGUAGUGAAUCAGAAUCCACCACACAAAAAUGUUUUUUCAUGGAGUGCCUGAAUCUCCAACCUUCUGGAGUGAUGGAAGAAAGCUCAGACAGGAAAUCUGGCAAAAGGAUUCCAGAGCUCGAUCCAGUGUGUAGCUACCAAGCUUGGCAGCUGGCCACCAAGGGCAAAGUGGCUGAAGUCUCGGAGAAUGGCAAGUACUUCGGAUGGGAUGAAGUGCUGGCUGAUGCAGAUGUGGCGUACGACCGGGAGAAGGGAGAGUACAUUCUUGUGGGGCGGGAGAAAAGGAAGAGGGAGCCGGACUCCCACAGCUCAGGAAGCGGGAAAAGACGAUGCAGCACCAACAAUCACAGCAGCAGCAGCAGCAGCUGCAGCAGCAGCAGUGGCAGCAGCCACACUCACCAACGAGGAGAGAAGUGUAGCUACGCCUCUCCGGGAGACCUCAGCCCGGAGAGCCUCAGUGACUCUGACUACCGGCCCUCGUCCCGCCAGAGCCGAAGGUCCUCGCAGAACAAGAACACGGAGUGUUUCGAGUGCGGUAAGGUGUUCCGCACCUACCACCAGAUGGUGCUGCACUCUCGGGUUCACCGCAAGGAGACCCGGAGCAGCAGUGAGAGUGGGAGGGCCUCACGGGGGGAGCGGUGUGGAUCUACCAGCGAUGGGGAGUCAGGCUCAGUGAGCCGGCCCAGCUCCCCUGGCUCAGCUUCGAUCACCGAGGGCUCACCAGCGUCUGUUGCAGGCGAAGACGGUGCAGAGGACCCCUCAGAAGAGGGGGCACAGCCACUGUCUCCAGAUGAAAAGCCAUACACUUGCAGCCACUGUGAUUUUACUACUACGGAAUCCUCCUUAUUUAUGUCACACAUGAAAGAUCAGCAUGUGGCCAGCCGGCCCUUCGUGAAUGAGCUCGCCAUUUCAGAAGUGGAACCCAGUCAUGGCUCUUCGCCACAGAGCAAGCUGCGUGACCAGGGAGAGAAUGGAAGGUGUUCCAAAAUGAGUUCCAAGAUUGCCCAGCAGCCCUGUGACCCAUCGGACUUCUACAAAUGCCUCAAGGAGGCAGUGACUGAUCCCAGGCCAGGUCAGGCUGAGUUCAGGAGAAGUGCUGGUCAGAGGUCAUCAGAGAAGCCACCUGUCGAAGGAGGCAAGUCAUCAGGGCAUGAGAAAGAGAGUGGACUACAAGACGAGAAUGACACCACCCCUUUAAAUCUCUCUACAUGCUCCAAACCUCAGAGCAGCAGCGACAGCGUCACAGAGGACCUAUCUACCUCACCUGCGGAGAAUGCUUUGGUUAGGCACCAGUGUUUGUACUGUCCUCACACUACCUGUUACCCAGAGGUCCUGUGGAUGCACCAAAGAAUUUCACACAAGAUUAGCAGCAAUGAAAUGGCUCCAAAGUGGGUCCAGAAAAAUGGCUUCAAAGGCCCCAAGGAGAGUUUAGCUUUCUUGAGCCAGCGGAGACGCACGGGGCCUCCUCCAGUGUUAGAUGGGAAAGAAUGCCAGCCUCUUCCAGGUCCCAGAAUCACCCGCACACGGCCUCCGCAGCAAAGUGGCUCCCAAACACCAAAGGACAGGGCCUGCUCCAGCCAGCCCAGCACAUCCCAAGGCCGAGAUUCCUGUACCGCAGAUAAAGCAGGCCCCAACGUCUCAGGCCUACAUCAUAUCAAAAAACACAAACCCGGCAACCCCCAGGGCAACUGCAGCAAGCAUGGCGAGGCAGGGCACGUCCGGCCCAAGGUGGACAUUUAUCCCAAAGUCGCGCCUGCCGGAGCCUUUGAAAAGAAUGUCGGGGCGCCUCAGCGGCCUCCGGGAAACCAGAAGUCUGGAGGCAGGCAUAUGGAGAAAUACCUGCUCCCACCAGAAGGACUGGGUUUCAUGCUCUCUACCAAGCAUGGCCUGUCUGAGCACACGAAGGCCAAAGCCUUCUCCACACAGCCCCCGUCGUAUCACUCCCCUUUAAAAGGUCAGCAGAAGAACAGGCAAGACAUCACCCCAGUUACAUCUACACAGCGAGACCCGAGGGGGGAUGCCCGUGCCAUAGAAGGCUACAGUACGAGUGGACGAAUGCUGGGCGGCUCGCAGACACACAGUGGUGCUGCACCAGGAUCUCCCUCCCUGCAAAUCCUGAUGAAGCAGGAGCAGCUGUCAGAAGGACCAGAGACAUCUGUGGACAUCCUGAGUUUCCUGAAGAACUGCAACACUCACGACCUAGCCACCCUCUACCAUCGCUGGGGCUCCAACAAUCCCAUGCUGGACCAGACAGGGAUGCUGAGGUCACCGGUCCGACAAGGAGAUUAUGUCUGCAAAGAAUGUGGAAAAAACUUCAACCAGCCCAGCCACCUCCGGACACACAUGAGGUCCCACACAGUGGUAUUUGAGUCUAAUGGACUCCGAGGUACUGAAGUUCACACCACCUCUGCAGACGCCUCAAAACAAGGGAGAGACCGUUCCAGUGCAGAUACUGUCCGUACAGUGCCUCUCAGAAAGGAAACUUAAAGACUCACGUGCAGUGUGUGCAUCGCGUGCCCUUUGACAAUGCGCAGUACGCCGAUACGAGAAGCAGACAGUCGCGCGUUGACAACUUUGGCCAGCCUCUGGAAGAGCAGGUGGAGAAACUGCUUAAGGAACACAGAGUGUCCGAAACCACUGUCCAUGACUGAAAAAGAAACAAAAAACGAACUGCAACACAUCUUUGAGUUUCAGCAAUUGUAUUAGAGAUGGAUACUUUAAGAACCUUCGGAAUUGCAGCAUAGAAGAUUUCUUGAAAUAUCUUUUCAGAAUGUGAGCGCCGUUUGAUAUAUGUGCAUCUACAGUAUAUAAAAAAGACAAACUCAAGAAAAAAUGACACUGUGAAAUAGUGCACUGGUUGUAUGAUUUCAGCCAUUUUAGACUAUAUUUGAGAUUUUCUAAUUGCAAAGCUCUUGCGUUCCCGAAUCUUGUCUUAUUUACAGAUUAACAUGGUGCGUACUUCAGAAUAUGUCAUGAAAACAAAAUAAAAGGCUACCAUAUACUGAGAGCCUUGGGGUGCACAGGUUUGCAGGGACAGCUGUGAAGGUUUUGCCCUGACCCUCUGUGUUGUCUGGAUUUAACCAAAUCUUAAAAGCCAUUGGACUGAAAAAUGCAGGAUGCACUCCAUGCUACCUUUGAGUUGGUUUGCUCUUAUUGUUUUUCCUUGAGGACCUUGCUGUACUCUGGAGAAUUGGUUACACUUGAAAGCUGCUUCAGAUCUAACAGUUUGAAGUCCAGAAUCCAAGCAAAGUCUUGAAGCAUUUGAGAUUGUCUGUAGAACACUAAAAGGCAAGGCUUUUCUGUUUUUUUUUUCCUCAGGUCCUGUGCAGUACAGGGAUAUAUUCCACAGCCUGUGUUCACAAAGAACUCUUGGUGGUACUACUGCAAUGCAUGAUUUAGAAGUGAGAGAGUUUGAUCUCAGUUUUGGUUCACAGUAAGAACUGAUUGGUGUUGCAGUAACAGAAGGUGCAAUGAACAGAUUCCAGCAGCACAGUACUUGAUACAUGAGAAAAAAAGGCUUUAGUUUGGCAGUCUUUUGACCACUCUCAAAAUGAAAUCAUGUGUGUGCUUUGUGACCACAGUUCUGCUGGCCCUAAGUGAUGUUUUAUUUCCCUUCUGAGUCCACUGGAUUCUUCUCCAAGAAACAUCAUAUACCUCCAUUGCAAUAAUAGCUUUUAUUUUGACUUGCAAGUCUGUGGCACAUUAGGACAAAAAGCCAUGUGGUAAAUGCAACUAAAAGCUUUCUUUAUUUUAUUUUAUAAUGUGAUCCUGUACCUGUUGCUGUCUACAACUAAUAUCUGGUUUGGACCUUCGCACACACAGCCCUAAGUUAUUGCAUUAUAAAAAUUUACUGCUGCCUUGGAAAGAGAGAGACUGUACUGGCGAAUUUUUGUAAAAACAUUGCUAGAUUUUUUUAACUUGAUAACAUUUUAUAAGAACCAUAAAACAAAAAUAGGAA